AUGGUGGGCCUACUUGAGUAUCCCUGGGAACACUACCGACAGUACUUGGACCAACAGAGGCCCGAAAGUGAUGCAUUGAAUGUUCCGUGGACGUUUGAGGAGUUUGUAAUGAAGACAUUUGCUGUUGUUAGAGACCGGUUAAUCUUUUGUAUAACAGGGUUUUGUACUCAUUUACCGACCUCGUUUAUUCCUCGGGUGACCGUAAAGAAAAUGAUUGAUAUCCUUGACAUGCUGAAACAAUUUAAUGCAUUCCUGCAUAAUGCGGAUACAGGAAAUAAAGGGUGGUUUGAGGAAGCUCUGAUUGAGAAGGAGGAUUCUGGAGGGACCACACCAAACACGACUUUAUGUAUGAUCAGGCUAAAGUGCCUGAAAGCACUCAAGUUCCUUAGAGAAAAUCUCCAGGUCCCGCGUCGUAAAGGAUAUGUUGGAAUGAAGAACUUUUGUUUGAAAAAUGCGUGCUUAAUUUUCUGCACCGUCUCGAGCUCGGCAAAGCUGCACAUCAAAAAAAUGAAACCGUUUGAAAUGGUGAUAAUCGAUGAAGCUGCACAGCUUAAAGAAUGUGAAUCGUGUAUCCCAUUGCAGCUUAAUGGAGUCCGGAAUGCCAUACUUGUUGGCGAUGAGAAACAACUUCCUGCAAUGGUCAUCAGCAAGACUUGUGAGAAAGCUGGUUUCGGGAGGAGUUUAUUCCAGAGGCUUGUUAUGUUAGGGCACGGCAGGCACCUGCUAGACAUUCAGUACCGAAUGCAUCCAUCCAUAAGUUUGUUCCCCAAUAAGGAGUUUUACGGGGAACGGAUUACGGAUGGUCAAAUUGUCACUGAAAAAGCAUACGAAAAGCGCUUCCUAAAAGAACAACAGUUCGGUUCGUAUUCUUUCAUUAACAUGACUCACGGGAUGGAGGAGCUUGAUAGUAGGCAUAGCUGGAUAAAUACAGCAGAGGUGUCCGUGGUGGCUCAGAUAGUCUCCAGACUCAGUAAAGAAUGCCGCAACUCAAAGCAAAAGGUCCGAGUCGGAUGCCUGUCUCCAUACAAAGGCCAGGUUGCUGCAAUUCAAGAAGAACUUGGAAAUACAUACAGCACAGACUCAAAAGACGAGUUUUCAGUUAACGUGCGCACGGUCGAUGGCUUUCAAGGUGGGGAAGAGGAUGUGAUCAUAAUCUCGACCGUUAGGUGCAAUAGGAAUGGAUCUGUUGGCUUUCUCGACAAUCAUAACAGGACGAAUGUGGCCUUGACUCGAGCAAGGUACUGCUUGUGGAUAAUAGGAAAUAGCUCAACUCUGUUAAACAGCGGCUCAGUUUGGCAGAGGUUGGUUAUAAAUGCGAAUAAACGUGGCUGUUUUUAUAAUGCUUAUGAGGAUGUGAACUCAGCUAUCGGGGUUGGUGACGCCUUAAUUGAGCUUCGCCAGCUGAAUUCGCUGUUUAGUACGGAUUCUGUACUGUUCAAAGAGGCAAAGUGGAAGGUUUACUUCAAUCGUGAUUUCCAUCAGUCGAUUAGUAGAUAUCGUGACUUGGGAAUGCUCAAACAGCUGGUUGCUCUACUGGAAAAGCUUUCAAAUGGGUGGCGCCAGAAGAACAAAGUCAAGACGGUGGAGGACACUUAUCAGCUUCUGGAACUGUGUGAUGUGAAGGGCCCGCUAAAACUGAUUUGGACGGUCGACAUUCUCGGAGAAGAUUCAACCGACACGCAAGUCAUCAAGAUUCUUGAUAUCCUGCCGCAAUCUGAGAUAGCAGAAAUGGCGAAAAAAUUCAAUGUCGUGUUGGGAAAUUACACCGUGAAUCAGAUGAACCGUUGUCUGUGCAAGAAAACCGAAGGGGAUUUGUUGGUUCCAAUGACGUGGCCAGUUGAUGCGAUCUCAGGAAGUAGUGAGCUAGCCACCCGACUAGCCGCUAUCAGCUUGAGGGAUGACGAGCCAGCUAGACCAGUCACUAUAAGAAGGAAUCACAGCGAGUGGAAGUGGAAAAUACGCAGCUCCACGAAGAUGGACUAA